AGGGAAUUUCCCGUUUGCGAGGGAAAAUAGAAAAAGCGUUUUAGGAAAGAACAGACGGCACUGUUCCCAAAGUGUAAGAUCUUUUCUGGCAGUUGGUCGGCGAGCGAAUGUGAAUUCCAGAUCCUGAUUGCAGGUUCAUCCAUGGAUCCUUCCUCCUCCUACUCUUUCCCAAAGCGAAGCCGUUCGGAGUACGAAAAUUUGGAUAGAUUUAUACCCAAUCGUGCGGCGAUGGAUUUUGAUUUCGCUCGUAGUAUGCUCUCCGGGAGAAAACUUAAAAGUGAAAGCACUCCAUCUUGCUCUUCAUCCAAUGUUGCUUACAGAAAGCUACUCGCUGAUGCAUUUAAUAUGAACGGGAGAAGAAUUCUUGCUUUUAAGAAUAAGCCAGAGCCUUCAGUUCGGAUUCUUGAAGAACAUUUGUCUCCUGUUACCCAGCCAAAGUCAGCGAGGAGGAAGAUUCCCCGAUCUUUUGAGAAAGCAUUGGAUGCGCCUGAUAUUGUAGAUGACUUUUAUCUAAAUAUAUUGGACUGGAGCAUUCGCAAUGUCAUUGCCAUUGCUCUUGGGAAUUCCGUAUAUCUUUUGGAUGCUUCUACUGGAUCUGUAACUGAGUUUGUUACAUUCGAUAAUGACUUUGGACCUGUAACAAGUGUCAGAUGGUCACUAGACGGGAAACAUCUUGCUGUGGGGUUAAACAAUUCAGUUAUACAAUUGCGGGACUCUGAGUCCAGUGGGUUGCUGAGGAUUCUCCAAGAAGGACACAGAACAAGAGUUGGUUCUCUUGAUUGGAAUGAUCAGAUUUUGACAUCUGGAGGAAAAGAUGGUAUGAUUAUAAACAAUGAUGUCAGAAUUAGGUCUCACAUUGUUGGAUCUUACAGAGGGCAUAGUAGGGAGGUUUGUGGGUUGAAAUGGUCUGAAUCCGGAAAGUACUUAGCUAGUGGAGGUAAUGACAAUUUGGUUCACAUUUGGAGCGUUUCAAGGGCUACUUCUUCUUUGUCUUCUGGUGCUUCAAAUCAGUGGGUUCACCGCUUUCAAGACCAUACGGCAGCAGUCAAAGCUCUUGCCUGGUCCCCAUUCCAAAGUUAUCUUUUAGCGUCUGGUGGUGGAAUUGGUGAUCACUCGAUCAAGUUCUGGAAUUCCUUGACUGGCGCCUGUGUAAGCUCUGUCACUUCUGGUUCGCAGGUCUGUUCAUUACUGUGGAACAGACACGAGCAUGAGCUCUUAAGCUCUCAUGGUAUGAAUGACAAUCAGCUGACACUUUGGAAUUAUCCUUCCAUGGUCAAGAUAUCAGAGCUUCAGGGUCAUACCGCAAGAGUGCUCUGUACAGCUCAGAGUCCAGAUGGAUGCUCGGUUGCUACUGCAUCUGCAGAUGAAACUCUCAGAAUUUGGAAUGUGUUUGGAGAUCCUCGAGUUGCAGGCAAGCUGUCUUCACAAGUAACAAAAAGAGAGCCAUUUGCUGAAUUUGCCCGCAUCAGAUAGUUUUAAUUGUCAAACAAGUAUAUAAAUUAGGUAAUCAGGUUGCUACCCUCGCUUUAGUUGUUUCAUCGCUGUGCGGAAAUCAGUCAGAGCUGACUUUUUUCACUUCGUUCACCCCACAAGUGAACGGGAAACCAUUAUUUUCUGAUGGUUGGCCUGCUAUGUUCUUGGAGUGCGCAAAUGUAUAUGGAAAAGAUUUAAGGCAUCUGUUAAUACUUAAUAGUCUUAUAAGUUUGACUGCCUCUCCUUAUCUGUUGUCUCUUUCGAUAUACUUUGAAUAUCAUGCAAAAGAAGAAUGUUUGAGAUGAUAAGGUGAAUGAUCAGCUACAGCUGAGAAGUUGCUAUGUUGGUUAUUGUCAAGAAAUUAAAUCUGGUUCAAGUUUAUGUUUAGUAGAGUUAGGUGGUUAGAUGUAUGAUUAAUUGGAUGAUGGCAUUACUGGAGGCAUGACUAGCAUGCCAUGCUCGUGCAUACAACUAGCUUGAUCAGGAAGUAAUUCUUUUAUUCCUGUAGGAGAUUACAAUGUAGUGAAAGAUUAACCUCAAUACAAUUCCUUUAUUUGUUUCACAGACUUACUAUUUGUUCUUGGUCUUUCACAAAGUUUCUUCUCUGUUUGCAAUCUAAAAAUUUGCGUGGCUCCUGUCUAUACCUACCAUCAGCAUCAGGCUGUCUGUCCAAGCUGCACUAAAUUGAUUUGGUGAAGGGGUUGUAAGUUUUAGCGCUGGCCCCCAGAAGGUAAUAAACAUAUUUCUUAACAUUUACUAUAGGAUUGCUUGCACUUACUUUGCACUUACUUUAACUCGCAUAUAAAAAUUGGCCUUUGAGACUGGCAUGUUUGUUUGCUGAUGUGUCAAAACUUUGUCCUCCAUGCAAUUCUUAUGGCUUUGUCUCUGUUUUUUUUUUUUUUCUUUUAUGGUGUGUGUGUUUCUGGUUAACUAUAGCUUUGUCUAUGUUUUAAUAAGCUACUAUAUCUUUUUUGAAAAGUUUUUCUAUAUCUACUGUUUUUGUCUUUAUCUUGGUCUAAAUGGAGUUAAGCUGAGCAUGAACUGUUGUUUUCUAAAGACUAGCAAUAUUUGAAGUGAGUGUAUUCGACUGUUGUGAGCCUCACAUGGGAUUGUGGAAGAAAUGCUGUUUUAAAAAUUAUUUGGAUUCUGUUCUUAAUAUUAAAACGGAAGGUUAGAUGAAAGUGAGUAGAUUGCAUAUUGCAACUUAGAAGAAGUACUGAAUGAUGGGAAGAGAAAUGAACUGUAGUGUAAAACCUUCCAUUUAUAAAUGUGGUUCAUCAUUUUUGUUAUGCGUUACUGAUUUUGAGCAAUGCAGAACAUUGUUACUUAAUGAUUAUACUAGUACGUAAGUGAUGGGCAAACAUAUUAUCAGAAGGGGUUUUUUUUUUCUGUUUCCAUGUACAUCCUUAUAUGUUAAGUAAAUGCAGACUUUGGAGGCAAUGGUUAUGCCAGUUUUAUAACUGUGUUUGUAUCGGGUGUUUUAUCUGCUUUCCUUCACUUUUCUAUCCCUUUGCAUUUUUAUUUGAUUGUUUUUGUGUGAUGAGGAGAUUUAGCUGAUUCUGUGGGUUAGCUUUGCUUUAUCAUCAAACAUAUAAUGUAUAAAGGGAGUUCGCCGGUAACCACGGCCUGUUUAGGUAUGGUUGGUGGUAAAUAGGUCGUACUCCACUCUCCAGUAUGCCAACAUCAGAUUCUUUUAUGCCAGGUUAGCUGACUUGGAUUGAAUUGCUAACUCUUUUCUCUUCUGGAAGUAGUGUUUACGUAGCUUUAGUAUUCGUCACUGAUAGAGAAAGAUUAAUUUUUUUUGGGUUGCUCUUUUCUCUCAUCUCAAAUGAAUAAUCACCUGAGUCUUUUAAUUACGUCACUCUCAUCAUUGUUAUUUCUUUCCCGCAGUAAGGCAGUGACCAUUGCUCCAUGUUCUUUCCUUCAGGCCAAGGUGAGUUUGGUUGAUGUUAAUAUAGCCACCUCUUUUCAAAAAAGUCCAGUCCCAAUGUUGAUUCGACUGUUUGAUUUGGUGCUCUGAGGUCUGAGCAACUUAUGGCAAUGCUUUGGUUGUUCAUGGUGAUUUCUAAUGAAAAUCUUGCCUUUUCUUGCUAACUGUUUGAUUCUUCGUCUGGUAUUAUAUCACGAAAUCUUUGAUAUGCUCAUCAUCAGUUCAUCCAUCAUAUUAAAAGCAAUUUUCCGAGAGAUCAGUAGUACAUAAAUGUUGGUUCUGCAUGUUUACAGUGAAGACGAGACAUGAGGUGUGAGACGUAAAGUUUAGAAGUUGUCCUGGAUGAUAGAAAUGGCAUAAGGUUUCCCUUUGUGUCAUCUUCCAAGUCCCAUUCAUUGGUUUGAACUCCUUUGCCAGUUCCAGUGACAUGAAAAGGCUAUCCAAUAACAAACAUUGGGUGACAAAAAUACGAAAGCUUGAGAGUUUCUUUUUAACAAAGCACCAGUACUCACCUAAAAGUUCUUACAAUUAUAUGUUAUUCCAAAGCAGAGCAGAGAAUGUGAAAUGAGAAUGCAACUUCACACGUUCCAUGUUUGAUUACAACAGAUAGAAGAAUCAAGCGGAAGCAACUUCAGCGUGCAUUUCAGCCUUAAUCGCGGAGGCCAAAUGAUCAUAGGCUUCUCCCCAGGCGUCAUUCAUUUCCUGACUCCAGCUUUCCCCCAUUGCCUCUUUGAUUGUUCUUAGCAAAGCUUCUUUGACAACCUGCGUAUUUGUAAAUGCAAUGUUGCGGUUAGGAGAAAAAGUGAACACAGUGUAGCUAGUUAGUUACUCUUAACCAAAAGCAAAUUCAAUAGAAACGUGGAUCGUAUUAUUUCGAAAAGAAAAAGUACCUCAAAAUGAGGGUCGAUGAC